AUGGCCUUCAAUUUCACAGCCUUCAUCCCCAUCGUCGCUUUGAUAAGCGAUGCGUUUUUAAGAUUUUCCGCAGUAUUCCAUAAUCGUUACGUCCUGCCAGGUACAGAUCUGGACGAUCCAACAACGGUGCUGAGCACAGAUACCUUAAUUACAGCAUCGUUCUCCAAACGCUCUUUGGGGAAUUUGUAUGCCGUAACAACGGCAACCACGACAGGUUUUGAUUAUUGCAUAUGCGUCAGCCGCCCAAUUCGUCCUUUUUCCCUAAGCUAUGUCUGGCCCACAGCAGCGGAUGAAAAUCUAGUUCAUGCUAAAACACAUCGAGGCAAUCAUGGCAGGAUGAGCACCACCAGCUCCUACAGCAGCAGCGCUCUUAUGAUAUGACAAACCACAAUUGUUGCAUCUUUCAAGUAUGACCCCAGGGUCAGUGCGGGUAAGUCGUAACUAUUUGUUUCUUACACGACUUGAUAGGGAGUUCUUUACUGUACUAAUAGCAAGUGUGGGCCUUAAGUAAAGACAUUCGAGAAGGCUUACCCAAGAAGGGCUAAACCAAAUGCUUUGUUGCAUUCUUCUUAGACGGGCUUUUUCUAUUUAAAGUU